GAAUAAGAAGAAACUAUAGUGUGUUAAUUUUAUUUAUAUUAAUUUUUUAUCUAUUUGUUCAUCUACUUUUAUAAUAUUGAAAAGGAAAAAUGAAACUCAGUCAACGAACAAUGGAAGAGUUUUCAAAUUAUUGCGUAAUAGAAUUUAUAUUUCAUUCGUUCCAUUCGACCUAAUUUUUUGUGUAAUUUUCAUACUUCCGCUAUGUUAGAAACGCCAUUUUGGAUUUUUUUUUCGUUCUAUUACUUUAAUAUUUUUCGGUAUUUUUAAUCAGCGAAUUUUGUAAAACGAGGUUUUAAAAACAUGAAUUUAACAUUAAUUAAAAAUGUGUUUUAAAAUGGAAUUCCAUUUCAAAAUGCAUUCGAUACUAAUUUGGAACGUAUUUUAUUACUUUUCUACGUCAUUGCUUGGUAAAGUAUCAUUCGAAUUCACAAAAGCUAGUAUUUCGCGCAAAAGUUUCAUCAUCAUGUGAUUCAUCGUAAGUAAAGAAGAGAUAGUGAGGCAAUGAAUUGCUUAAUUAAUUUUUUUUUUGCUUUUUUAAAUGGAGACUCGGCAGUAGAGAAAAAAAAAUACAAAUGGCUG